AUGAGUCUCGUGGGCCCUCUCAGCAUACUCGACGAGCCACGAAGGGACUUUCUGCUUUGCCUCCCGCAUCAAGUUGACGAGUGGUUUAGCAAGAGGAAUAUUCUUCUCGGAGAAAAAAGCAGUCGCCAGGCCCGAUUUUCCGGCCCGCCCAGUCCUUCCGAUCCGGUGGACGUAAUCUUCUAUGGAGCGUGGAAAGUCGAAGUUUAUGACGUGGGCCACGUGAGGAAUGUCGAGCCCACGUGCGGCUACAUCGGUAGCCACAAGAAUCGGAGUUCGACCGCUUCUGAAAGAUUUCAAAGCGUGUUCUCGGGCACUAUUGGUCUUUUGGCAACGAAGAAUAUCAACCAAAAAGUCCCGUUUGUUCGUCUCAUCAACAAACUCAACUCUCUGAGCGAUGAGAUCGGUACUCGAUCCGACUUUUCCAGCAGCAAGGAAGAUGUAGUUCGUGAGAAAAUCCGAUGCAAGCCUCUGCAAAAGAGUGAAAUCGAAACCCGUAUUUCAUCUGGAAAUGUGGCACUGAAAAGCAUUGUCUGUCUCGAGCCUGGUGGGGGCAUCUCCAUUUGCUGA